CAGCUUUGUUCGUCGUUCGUUCGUUUUACUGUCCAAAAUCAUCAGCAAUUUCCUUUUGGCAAAAACGAGCAAAGCCAUGUCCACAGCCGCCAUGAACAUGAACGCUCAGCUUGAGCACUUGCAGUCCAAGCAUGUCGGAACAGGGCAUGCCGACACCAACAAAUUUGAGUGGGCAGUCAACCAGCAUCGGGAUACAUACGCAUCAGUUAUUGGCCACAACACUUUGAUCGCUUAUUCGGCAGUGGCAGAGAAUGAGAGUAUUGGGAGAAAAAAGUUUGAAAUGAUUGAAAAAAUGCUACAGCCAUGCGGUCUUCCCGUACCACGAGACGACUAAUGAUAGAAUUUUUUCCCUCAUGAUUGCUUGCAAGAGGAUCUGUACAUAGUUCAAGUAGCGUGUCGAUGAGUUGACGAUGUAUAAUACUUUGGAGAUGGCAGAGUAGAAGAGAAUAAAGUCGCAAAUUCCAAAAUGUAACCUAAUAGCACAAUUACAAGCCUGUGACUACCUAAGGACGAAAUCUAAAUCUUGGUCAACGCA